AUGAGAGCCUAUGUCGUGGCGCUUCCAUUCGUCUCUCCUCUCGUUGCUGGCGAUUUCGUGUGGAGUUUAUCUGGUUCAUCUGGCGGGCGGUGGCGGCUGACACAGCACGGUAAUGCUUCUUUCCAGGAGGUAGAGGCAAUCGUCCCAGGGCAGGUGCAUUUGGACCUCUGGCGAUCUCAUGUUAUACCCGACCCUUACUAUGGCUACAACGAUACAGCAUUGAGGUAUGUUGCUGAGGCAGACUGGCUAUAUUCGACCAAGUUCGCAGUCCCUCGUGAGGCCUGUGAUGAGGCGAAGGUCUCUUUACCUGCGACGAUAUUUUUCUAUGGUAUCGAUACUGUGGCUGACGUCACUCUAAAUGGAUGUCCGAUUUUGAGUGCUGACAACAUGUUCAGGACAUACAACGCUACUAUGAAGCGUGGACAGCUUCUUUGUGAUAGAGACAACGAGAUGUCGGUGUUAUUGAAGAGCCCAGUGAAGACGGCUAAGGAGAGGGCAGAGACUUAUGAGAGAAAACAUUCUGAUUGGUCGAUCGGAGUGCCGCCGCGCGAACUGCCGGCCGUAUGGAACGGUUUCGAUAGAGUGCAGAUGUUACGUAAAGAGCCAUGCUCCUUCGGGUGGGAUUGGGGUCCUGGUCUAGCCACUAGUGGUAUAUGGAAGGAUGUUCAAGUGGUGACUCAUCAGCUGGAGAGGGGAAGGUCACUGACUGUCGAGGGAGUCACUUGGGACGUGAAGCCUAUCAGUGUCACUAGGCUUGAUGCUUGGCAGGCUAACGUGCAUAUAUCAUUGGCUCUUUCCCCUGAUAUACAGGUUGACCGAGUCAGCUCGUGGGCGAAUCUUCGUAUCGAGGAUCUGCGGCCUGGCUCGAGAUCGGGAGUCAACUUCACAAUACUUGAUGGAGUGAAGCCUUGGUGGCCGAAUGGCUAUGGCGAUCAACAUCGUUACACGUUGAGUGUGUGUGCAUGGGCCGGCGAUAAGGGUGAUGCGUGCGAGGGCGACAAAAUAACGGUGGGAUUCAAGACGGUUGAUUUGGUCAUGGAAGAGGACGAUUAUGGAAGAUCUUUCUACUUCAAGCUCAAUGGCGAAUCUAUUUACGCUAGAGGGGCGAAUUGGAUCCCGGCUGAUGCCUUCGAAUCUCGUGUUGAUGAGUCCAGACUGAGGAAGCACUUCGAGCAGUACCGGAAAGCCCACUUUAACAUGCUGAGAGUGUGGGGAGGAGGAGUAUAUGCUUCUGACCUGUUCUAUGAACUGGCUGAUGAGUAUGGUUUCCUUAUUUGGGAAGAAGCCAUGUUCGCUGGUGCGACCUAUCCAACUCUACUCCCCGGGUUCUUAGCUUCCGUCGAGUUAGAGAUCAGUCAGAACCUCAUACGAAUUGGCCAUCAUCCAUCCUUGGCGAUACUCGGGGGCAAUAAUGAGGUUGAGGCCUUCUAUGGUUGGGUCGGCAUCACUGAUGAUAAAGUAUACCUUGAAAGUUAUGCGGCACUGUUUUUCGACACUAUACUGGCUACAUCGAAGAAACUACUACCAUGGUUACCCGCUAUUCCUAGUAGCCCUUGGAAUGGUGAUGAGACAAGGCAGAACCCGGUUGAUGAUAACCCGGGCAAUGAGACUUCUGGAGACAUUCAUUUCUACAACUACUUCUCGCCCAACAUGUUUGACCUGAGGAAGCUGCCGAAACCGCGUUUCAUGAGCGAGUUUGGUUUUCAGUCUUGGUCUAGUCUUGGAGAGCUGAGAACAGUGGCUGAUGAGGAGAUGCUGGAGGAGAGUCUCUUCUCUGAGGAUCCUAGUAAGAAUGUCCGGAUUGUCCGAUGUUUUCGAAUUUUCGGUCUUUGGAGCCAUCCACCGUUGAUGGCUUACUAUAUCUGA